GAAUCUUUCACAUUACUAUAAAACGUGUUUCGGACUGUCAGUUAGUUAAGAAAUCAAUGUCUGGCUGAAGCGAGCGUGUAUUAUAAGCCACUGACAGAAGACCAGAACGCCCUUUUACCUGUACCUAUAGUCCACUUUCCUCAUCCAACUCCCUCGAACGUCAUCAAUCUACACCACUGUUUUCUUUCAUGGAUUCCCAGUUGCUGAAACUGUAAGAUUACUUUUUUAAUUCUUGAGCAUCAUAUGGUUGUUGUUCAAGUUAGCGUGUUUCAAGAGUCCUCAACUGCUAAUUACUCUUUCGUCUUGAUUUAAUCUUGUUCUGGUUAAGUUGCCAGUUAAAGUGUUUACUUCACUUUUAUAGUUUCGUCUUUGUGGGGUAUUUGGUGGCGUGUUCGAAAGAUGGAGAUUAUUACCAAGUUUAAUUGGGAUACAUUUGGCCAUCUCAGGCCUUACUAUGCCAGGGUUUUCAAUUUUGGUGAGAGAAUGGCAAAUGGCCAUUGUAAAAUUCUGGUCUUCCUAUCUUUAAAUGGACUGGUGGCCAUGGGCUCAUUGAUAUCCUUCCUUUCAGCCAUGGUAUUUGGAUAUAUGUAUUGGUUUCCCACUUCUAGUCCAGUUCUUCGUAGUUAUGCGAUUUCUGAGUCCAAUGUGUCUAAUGGCAAAUGCCACGUUUUUCAUGGAAGUUGGAUCCGUGAUGAAAGUUAUCCUUUAUAUGAUGCCUCAAGAUGCCCGUUUGCAGAGCGUGGAUUUAAUUGCUUGGCUAAUGGGCGGAAAGAUAAUGGUUAUACCAAAUGGAGGUGGAAGCCUAAAGAUUGUGAUAUUCCAAGGUUUAAUGCACGUGCAAUUCUUGAAAAUCUUCGUGGGAAACGAAUUGUCUUUGUAGGCGAUUCAUUGAGUAGAACACAGUGGGAGUCUUUGAUAUGUUUGCUCAUGAUGGGAAUUGAGGAUAAGAGGAGUGUAUAUGAAAUCAAUGGGCAUAAGAUCACGAAACGUAUCAGGUUUUUGAGUGUAUGGUUUAGUUCAUUCGAUCUUACUAUUGACUAUUAUCGAUCAGUUUUCCUGGUACAACCUGGUCCAGUGCCGAGGCGUGCACCAAAGAGGGUGAAGGCUACACUAAGACUCGAUAAGUUGGAUGAUAUUAGCAAAGAGUGGGUUAAUUCUGAUGUUCUGAUUUUUAAUUCGGGACACUGGUGGACACGGACUAAGCUCUUUGAAAUGGGCUGCUAUUUUCAGGUAGGAGACUCGCUGAAGCUUGGAAUGCCAAUCUCUAUUGCCUUCAGGAGAGCAUUAGACACAUGGGCAUCUUGGGUUGAGACUAUGAUACACAGAAAUAGAACAAGUGUAUUCUUCCGGACUUUUGAGUCAUCCCAUUGGAGUGGUAGAAACCGGAAUUCUUGUAAAGUGAGUCGUCACCCCUCAUCAAGAUCUCAUGGGAGGGACCGAAGCCCAAUUUCAGAUAGCAUAAUCAAGGUUGUGGAGAAAAUGACAGUUCCUGUAAAAGUAGUGCAUGUUACACCGAUGGGAGCAUUCCGGAGUGAUGCACAUGUGGGUUCUUGGAGUGACAAUCCAUCUGUACCCGAUUGUAGCCAUUGGUGUCUGCCUGGUGUUCCUGAUACAUGGAAUGAAAUUAUCUUCUCCAAUCUGCUGUCCAAGAAUGGGGACUCUACCAAUGAACACUAGAAGUUCUGAGUUGGUUUCCUUCUCUUGCCUCAAGCAUUUUAAUUUUUAUAUAGAUAUGUAUGAUUUUCCUUCCUUUGUAUCUGUGAAAAGGUGGACAGAAAUUAUAUGUAAUUUCACAAUGUUAUUUUCCCAGUGCACCACUACCAAA